CAGUAUUUCGCUGUUCACUACUGCCAUCUGUUCACUGCUGGUCGUCGUGCGCUGUCGUCUGUGCUUGAACGGCCCAUUCGGCCUUUCGUGCAAUGUAACGGCAUUCGGAAAAUUCAGUUGGUAACGACUUUUCCGUGCGUUUAGACGUCUUUUCGUUGCGAGCUUCUCACAUACGGCCUUCGCGUGUUUUUCAGUUUAUUGCGCCAUCCGAUUCGCGCAUCAACUUAGAAUUUAGCGCAGCAGUAAGGCAAAUACGCGUGUAGAAAUCGUGUUUGAGAAUUUUGAGAUUACCAAAUUGUAAAUUCAAGAGUGAUUUUACGAUUCUGAAGGCAUUUUUAAUGUGAAAACAUAAAGUGAUGCUGAUUGAAAAGUGAAUUUAGGGAAUAUAUUAGGAAUAUUAAAACACAAACUAAAUGUAAUCAAAGCGUAUUUAUAAAUUCGCACAGAGUGAUCGUAAAAGAUCGUUAUUAUUAAACAAUUUCGAGUGAAUAAAUAUUACAGUGAAGUGUUUAAAAGUGAUUUUUGAGCAAAAUUUUAUUCAAUUAUGAUGGUAAUAUAAACAAGAGCUAAAAUAUAAAUACUAAAUUUUUGAAAAAAAAUGUUUUCAGUUUGAGUGUGUUUCGAAAUUCUUGUUUUCAAACGCCCUUCUAACUAACUCUUUUCGAUUUAUUUCAAUUAAAAAAGAUUUUUUAAUCCAUUGUGUACGGUUUUUGUGCGCCGAUUGUUAUCAAUAACUGCGGUUACGCCAUCAGCAACAACAACGAAAACAACAACAAUCAGCAUCGUUAAGUCGCCGACGUAACCAACAAAAACAGCAACAACAAUUCAUUUGGUUGUGCGUUUCUACUGCCGGACAAUGCCGAGCGCGCAAGUGAUGAGGUAACCCGCCCAAUCAGCUACAGCGAGAGCAUAUCCUGCAAAAGAAAAAAAAAAUAACAAAAACAACAAUAAAGCACAAAAAUCGAGAUCGAAGGCAGCAAAUCAUUUACGCAAACAAAUAAGCGCAAAAGCACGUACUCAAGCCUAAUCCCAGGCGUUUGAGCAGAAAGUCGACAAAGCAUAAACAACUUCGGCCAAAAAUAACACACACAAACGAACGCAAAGCCACAUAACACGCGCGCCAGUUUUGCCCUAGGCUAUACGGGCUAAGGCGCUUUAUAGCAGUAAUCCUGCAGCCUUUUCGUGUUCUCCGGUGCCCAGUGCUCGUCUCCCGCAAAAAACACGAGCAAAAAAUAUUUUAGUUGAAAUUCCAGAAAUAAAUCCAUCAGCACAUUGGAAUUUCGUAAGGACACCCAUACUUACAAAGUCACACAGAUACAUACGCGCGCUCGUGUGGUGCACACUUGAAAUUCCAACAAUUUCAUCGUUUUUCGUUCGCCUGGUUUACCAUUAAGUUUCCAUCAUUGCGUUUUUAUAUUUUGCGCCCACGUGCCCCGAGCACAACCACCAUCCGCACCAGUUGCAGCAGCAGCCGCAUACGCAGCAGAAGGUUGUGCUCCUGCCAUCGCCGGCGACCCACCUCUACUCACCACACCAGCACAGCGGCGCGCACAGCUACACCACCGGCCACUGUGACGCAGAAACGUCGGCAUACGCGAGCAAAUCAGCCGCUCUGACAGCGAACCACAGCUUAAGCAGCAGCAACAGCGCCGCCAGCAGUCCCACCAGCGGCUUCUACAAACAUCACACGACGUCGUCACAUUUUCUCACCGUCGGCGACACAAUGAAACUGUCAAAGCUGUCUAAUCAGACGAACUCGCAGGAUCCGCAGGCGGUGAACUCGCGCAUCUUUGUGGGCAAUUUGAAUACGUUCCAGUGCUCGAAAACGGAUGUGGAACGUAUGUUCCAGAUUUAUGGUCGGUUGGCGGGCAUAUCAAUGCAUAAGGGUUACGCUUUCGUUCAGUUCACAAAUCCUUUCGAUGCACGCAAUGCUUGUCACGGCGAAGAUGGACGCACUGUGCUGAGUCAAACUUUGGAUGUCAAUAUGGUCGCUGAACCCAAACCACACCAAAUAGGUAGAAAACGACAAAAUGUCUCGAAAACCGGAAAUGACUGGGACUACUUCUACGAUAGCUACUGCUCGUCGACACUGCUGCGCUCAUCCGGUGUACGUCCGAAGAAGCGUAAACGCCUAAUGACAUCCACGUCGCGUUUGCUCAGCGAUGCGGUGAAUAGCAGCAACAUAAAUGCCGCUGUUGCUGCAGCUGCACUGGCCCAACAACACCAGCAACAGCUGCAUCAACAGCAACAGCAACAACAACAGCAGCAACAGCAGUCCACACACUUGUUGCCCCAUCCACAUCAUCAGCAUCACGUGCAACAGCAGCAGGCGCACAAUCACCAUCAACAACAACAACAACAGCAGCAACAACACCAGCAUCAGCAGCAGGUAGCCGCCGUCGCCAUGGCUGCCAUGACAGCCAACCUAUUGCCACAGCAACAAUUGUUGCUACAUCAACAUCAACACAGUUUGCUGGGCAAUGCCACCGCUGCCGCAGCCGCCGCCGCUGCUGCUGCCGCUACAUGCAAUGGUGUUGCUGGCGGUGCGAGUGGCGCCAACACACCCACCAAUGCCGCACAUCACAAUCUCAGCGUUUAUUUGCAACAACAGCAACAACAACAGCAGCAAAUCAAACAACAGCAACAAGCGGCAGCGGCUGCAGCCGCUGCGGCAGUCGGUCAAUACACGCUGACCGCGACGGGUGGCUUACAAUUGAAAUCGUCGUCAACCGUGCAGAAUGCCACAUCAGCAAUAAUUGCUGCCGCUAAUCAAACAACAUUGCUGAAUGGUGGUGGUACUGGCGCGGCUGCCCUCAGUGGUGGUGGUGGUGCCAAUGAGCAGUUGUCAACGGCAGCCAACAACUAUGGCAGCUUGGCAAAUGGCCAGGCGCAGCAACAACAACAAGCGUCAUAUAUUGGUGGUGCCUUGCAACCAUUGACAUUGUCGCUGCCCGGUAUGCAGCAAACACAGCAACAACAACAACAGCUGCAGCACAAGUCAUCACUUUUGCAAAAGCAAACACAACAGCAACAGCAACCGCAACAACAACUGCUGCCGCAGCAACAAGAGCAAUUAAGUUCGAAUCAACAAUGGGGACCGUUCAAAGUUUACAGCAAUCCGGACACAUUAAUUUGCGGCAAUUGUCGGGGAUGUUUCAACGAACUGGCUGAAUUAUUAGACCACAAGCGGAGUUAUUGCAAGUUGCGUUUCACUUGCAAGUGCCAGGAUGUUGCCUUCGCUGCAAAAACACCGCCGAUGAGCGCCAAACUGUUAUGUGCCGUUUGUAAGGAUGCCUUCGCCAAUCCGUGGGAUCUGAUGGUGCACGCACAGGCUGCGCACAUGGUCAACAUUUACGAAUUGGGCAAUGAGGCUAAUAACAAUUAUGCCACCGCCGAUUGUGUGGAGGCUAUUGCCGCUGCCAAUGCCAACAACAACAACACCAAUAACAGCAACAGCAAGAAUAUUAAUGUUAACACAAUCACACCGUUGUCCACCACUGCCAACAAUAUUAGCAGCACAUUCAGCAGCAACAACAACAACAACAACCUAAAUGCCAACAACAGCAACAUCACCGCUGAUUUGGCUAAUGCCGCGCAGUUGGCGUCGCCGUCGUCGCAGUUUAAGCUCGAGUUGAACAACAACAAUAAUAAUAACAAAAACUUCGCCAACAACAAUAACAACAUCAGCGGCAGCAACAACAACAACACUAACAGUGGCAGCAGCGGCGGCAGCAAUUGUGACAUUAGCAGCAUUGGCAAUGAAAUACAAAUGUCGCCAACAACCGAAACAUUGUCAACGCCAACAUCGGUGGCUGGCAAUUUAGAAAGCAACAACAAUAGCAACAAUGAAAACAACAAUAUCGAUAUGAUAACGGGCAAUAUGUCGGCUGGCAGUAACAAUGGUUUCAUGGCCAGCAAUGGGCUUGGCGGCGACACCGAUCACUGCAUGGAAGGCAAAUUCGGCAGUUGCAACAGUCCGACAAAUGGCUCGAUUGCCAACAAGGAGGAAACUCAGCACUCACCGUUGGAUGGUCACACCACAAUCUUGGCACACAACCACCACGCAGAUGAUGUAAAAAUGUUGAAUGGCUCGGUGUCGUCACGUGGCAGUUCGCCAGCUUUGGAGCAUGAAGAACAAGAGCAGCAAAUGCAAAAGCCACAACCCGCUUGCAUUAUGCGCACACUGAGCAUUGAAGCAGCGACCACCCCGAGCACAACUGGCAACUUGAUGACCGGCACUGUGGCUUUAAGUCUUACAAAUGGCGUUGGCAAUGCCGCCACAGCAGCAGCAGCGGAAAUCAAAUAAAUAACAACAACAUUGGCAGUAAUCGCGUGACUUAUAUAAUACAAACAGAAAAACAAACACAGCAACACAAACAAAAGUCAAAUUAAAAUGGAUGCGAGUCUGGCUGCAGCAUUGCUACAUGGCGUAUGAGUGACGCGGAGGAUAUUAAAGCCGGUGUAGGCGGACAUACACACACACAUUUACUGUAUGAAUCGUUUGUGGUAGGUUGUAUAUAUUAUAUGUCUACUUAUAGUGUUAUACAAAUUUGGUGGUGAGUGAAAAAUUAACAGUAAACUUAAUUUGCAGUUUUUAAUUUGUUUUUGUGUUUUUUUUUUUAAUAAAUCGAAUAUUUUCUUAAUUUUUUAAAAACUGUAAUCAUAAGGAAACACCAUCAACAAAUUGUUUGCACAAAUUAAAACUAUAAAAUUAAAUAUAGUCAAAUAUUUUAAGCCGCCUUGCUGUUGCGUUGUUGUUGGAAUACAAAAUUUUGAUUUACUAUUACUUAUUGUCUACUUUAGCUGUAUAGUUUUUAAAUGAUAUGAGCUUUUUUUAAAAAAAUAUAAAUUAUUUAUCGCUGUCAUGCCAUUUUGUGUACGUAGGAUCAAAACUUUAAGCUAACUGACUUAAAAAGGCUUCAAAGUCAAACUUUCAAUAAGGAAAAAAUAUUUUGUAAAAUACAAUUAAUUAAGGGUUAAUUGUAUUUUACAAAAUAUUUCCUUACUUACUAAAUCUAAAAUAGUAGGCACUGUUGUAGAUAUGUUAGCUCAAACUGUUGGAGGAGGGCAGUAGCUAAUCAAAUUUUUUCCUCUUGACGAGAUCUAUCAUCUGAUCAAAUAUGACCCGGACUGUCAAAAAAAAAUACAUUUUCACGUAUUUUAAUACAAAUCUUUAUUGGCACCUUAAUAAUAAGCUACUAAGCCAAUACAAGCAUGCCAACGCUCCUCCUUGGCCAAAGUCUCUAGGUCUAGCUCCCUUUUAGACCUCUCCAACCCUGCAUUAUAUUAUAUAUGGACUACAUCAUAUUUUCUGCGCCGAAAAGAUACCCAAUAUACCCAGAAAACACUUAAAGUUUGCCGUACAUGCGUAUGUAUGUACAGUUAUAAUUGUUACAUAUGUUUAUAAAGUACUCGUAAAGGCUUCAAGUCUGUUUUCAUUUCGUUUUCAGAGCUAUUUAAUUAUAUACAUACUCAUGCACGCAUGCAUGUACAUAUGUAUGUAUAUACAGGUUUAUCAAGAUAUACAUAUAUAGUAGAUGUUUACCUUAAGCUAGUCGAUAGUUGCAUAUAAUAUGCAGGAUAUAAACAUACAUAUCAUUUUAAAUUAGUUACAACAUUUGUAUAACAUAUUUACAUAGAUAAUUAAUUUUAAAAAAAUAUAAGUACAUAAUACUUAAGAUUAAGGAAUAUAUAAAAGUAUAUAACAAACUUGGAAUAUGCAAAGAAACAAUUAAGAAAAUCAAUUCUACUAAGGCAAUUAUAACAAAAUGAAAAAAUAUAUACAAAAUGAUUUAUGAAAAAAAAUAUGAUUAAGAAAGUAUAAAAAAACAAAAACAAAUAAUCCAAUAUUGCAUUACAAUACUUUUUAUUAAUUUAAAUUUAUUUAAAUACAAUCAAGUAUAAUCCCAACUUUUACCAGGCACAUUAAAAAUAAAAAGAAUUGCGUAAAAAAUAAAAAAUAAAAUGUGUCUCAAAAAUAGUUUAAUUUACAUAUACUGUAUGUAAUCAAUAUAGUAAUUUAAUAUGCCAGGCAAAUUGUAAUCAAAUCAAAUAAUAUGGUAAAAUGAGCUUUGUACAUAGAUUAGUAAUUAGUUGAGUAUUUCAUACGAUUUUAGUGUAUCAAAUACCGUUAUGUUAAUAUGAAAAAUUAAGCAUCUAACAACUUAUGUAUAAGUAUAUACAUCUAUUAACACAUAUAUGCCAGUAUAUAUGUAUAUAUAUAUAUAUAUAAAUGUACAUGUUAUUAUAUUAUAUAUAUUGUACUUACACACAAUUAUGCCAUUAAAUUCAAACAAAAGUAGAAAUAAAUUAUAUAAAAGCACAUACAGUGGUGAACAAAACAAAAUAUUUAUGAGUAGAUAGUAAAUAUUACAAACAGAGAAAAUAUUAAUUAAAAUCACCAAAAAUUAAUAUUGUGCAUAUCUAGCUAUGUGUGUGAUUAUAUUAUGUACGAAAUAAAAGUGAAAGUUCACAUGUAGGACUAUGCACUUAAUUAAAUUUAAAAA